AUGUCCGAAAGUUUCCUGGAAAAUACGGAGACUCCUAAACCAUUGGAGCUGAAAACGUAUGACGAAAAAGUGGACGGUGAACCUGUUGAGAAAAUCGCUGAAAAUGCACCUGAAGAUGAAAUAGCGGUCAAACAUGAGUUGAGUAAUGGCGAGGAAAUUGAUAAUGGUCAUGACUCGAAGAGAGUUAAAUUGGAGGAAACUUUGAACAACAAGAAUAACAUAAUCGUGGUUCCACCUACAAAACCGCAAUUGUUCUAUAGUCCAUUGAAAACCGGAUUGGUAUACGAUGUUAGGAUGAGAUAUCAUGCUAAAAUAUUUACUUCGUAUUUCGAGUACAUUGACCCACAUCCAGAAGAUCCUCGUCGUAUCUAUCGUAUUUAUAAGAAGUUAGCAGAAGCUGGGUUGAUUCAGGAUAGUUCAUUAUCUGGAAUUGACGAAAUAGGACCUUUAAUGGUGAAAAUUCCAAUCAGAGAAGCAUCUGCAGAGGAGAUAUUGGAAGUUCAUUCUGAGGAGCAUUUGAGGUUUAUAGAAUCAACAGAAACAAUGAGUCGCGAACGGUUAUUAGAAGAAACUGAGAGAGGCGACUCUAUUUACGUGAAUAAUGAUUCGUAUCUCUCCGCUAAAUUAUCGUGCGGUGGUACUAUUGAAGCCUGUAAAGCCGUGAUUGAGGGACGCGUCAAGAACUCGCUUGCAAUAGUGAGACCUCCAGGACAUCAUGCCGAACCUGAUACACCUGGUGGAUUCUGUUUAUUCAGUAAUGUUGCAGUUGCAGCAAAAAACAUUCUCAAGAAAUAUCCUGAAUCAGUAAGGAAAAUUGUGAUUCUCGAUUGGGAUAUACAUCACGGAAAUGGUACUCAGAAGGCCUUUUACGACGAUCCAAGGGUAUUGUAUAUUUCACUUCAUAGAUACGAAAAUGGUAAGUUUUACCCAGGCACAAAGUAUGGUAAUAGCACACAAACCGGGGAAGGUGCUGGGGAAGGUUAUUCAUUAAAUAUACCCUGGAGAUCUCCCGGAAUGGGUGAUGGUGAUUAUUUCUAUGCUUUUAAUAAAGUCGUGAUACCUGUUAUCACUGAAUUUGAUCCUGACUUGGUUAUUGUCAGUUCAGGGUUUGAUGCUGCAGACGGGGAUAUAAUUGGAGGGUGCCAUGUUUCCCCAUCAGGAUAUGGUCAUAUGACACAUUUACUUAAGGGAAUAGCGAAGGGUAAAUUAUGUGUUGUUUUGGAAGGGGGAUAUAAUUUGGACUCUAUCAGCAAAAGUGCGUUGGGAGUAGCAAAAGUAUUAGUCGGAGAGCCGCCUGAAAAUACAAUUAGAUCGCAACCUCACAUUGAAACUUUGGAAGUUAUAGAUGAAGUCAUAAAGAUUCAGUCAAAAUACUGGAAUUCUUUGAAGCCAGGAAAUCCAAGUAAUUCAUUAGAUGACGUGUACGAUUUACCUACUGACAAUUCUGCUUAUAAACUCACAAAUAUUGCUGAUCCAAUUAGGUCCCAUCAAGUUGAAGAAUUAUUUAAUAGAUAUUCAUUCAUUAAUUUACCUAUUGUGACAGCCUCAGAAAACAAGGCCGAAAAUAACAAUUCCUUCUUCACCACAGAUUUACCAUCUAACUUGGAAGAUUUGAUUGUUGCUAGUCCAGACAUAUAUGACUGUUCAACAAUAAUAAUAUCAGUCCAUGAUCCACCUGAAAUAUGGGCAAAUAUAAAUCCGAUUAACGGUAGUAUUGAGGGAAGUGCUUCGAUUGUAUUAGAACAUCCCUUGACUCAAAUGAUCGAAAAAAUUAAGAAAGAAACAAGUAACAAUUCUAACUUCCCUAAUGAAAGAAUAGGUUAUAUCGAUAUAAAUAUUCCUUCUUAUGCAUUGCCUAUACCGUCAUUGAAAAGUGGUAGUUCAAAAUCUGCAUCAACUUAUAAUCCAACAAUAUUUGCACAAGAGUUGCUAUUAUACGUCUGGGACAACUACUUGGCUUAUUUUUCUCAAUUAAGAAAAUUAGUGUUUGUGGGAUUUGGAGACUCAUAUCAAUCGAUAGUUCAUUUAUAUGCCAAAAGACCAUCGAGCGAAAUUAAAAAUUUAGUUCAAGGUUCAAUUAUCUAUGUUAAUAGAUCAGCUCUUAAACCGUUGGUUCCUGUCAUGGAUGAAUCAAUGGUCGAUUGGUAUUAUCAAAAUUCUGUUGUAUUCACUAGUUGUCUUCAUUCAUGCUGGAACGGAUCCAGCGGACCAACAGGCUCAUCUAGGUCUAACGGUAGCACAAGUAAUGGCAACGAGGCAAAUGGUGCCGAUAAUAGUAAAAGGCCAAGGCGAAAAUUUGGAAGAGUUUUAAAAGCAUCAUCUGACGGGUUAUGGGAGGUUAUAAGUGAAAGGUUUGACGAAGGCAUUGAUUUCAUUUUAGACUCUAUUGAAGAAUAUAGCAGUAGUGGCAGCAGCAACUAA